UUUUGCUUUAACUACAGCGCCAGUCAGUGUCAUUCUGUAGCUCGUGGUGCAGACGUCGAAGAGGAAAUAUUUCCGCUGGACAUCGUCUCAAAAUCUUUUCUUUUUAAGGGGAAUGAUGCGGGGAUCCUGAAAUGAGAGUGUGAGAUGUUAUUACUUCCGAAAGUGUGGAUAAUCGCCGCUGUCACGUUGAUGACUUCAACUAAAGUGGGUCCGAGGAGAAGCUCCUGCUGCAUUCAUAAACAUUUCUUUAGGACUCAAAACAACCCCUGAGCUUUGUUUCUGGCUCAUCAAAAGUAUCCCCCCCAAAAAACCGUGUGCCCUUGGGAUGAUAAAGGUCGAAACGAGAAAAAUCAACAUGGUGGACCCCGGCGGAGUGACCAGGCUCCGAGAGGAACACGAAAAGGUGGUGAAAGACUGUGAAGGUCGGAUUCAGCAUUGGGAAAAGGUGUCAGGUGAUUAUGAUGCCCUGAAAGAACGCCUCAAAACACUUCCGGAUAGACUGUCUUAUGAUAUCAUGGUGCCGUUUGGCCCGAUGGCCUUCAUGCCUGGGAAGCUGGUGCACUCGAAUGAGGUCACCGUGCUGCUUGGUGACAACUGGUUCGCUAAGUGCUCCGCCAAGCAAGCUGAGAAAAUUGUCGACCACAGGAUGAAGUAUGUAAAGAAUGAACUUUGUGGGCUGUCCAAGACAAUGACAAACUUUGAAGCGAGAGUAGGAAUGGUGAAGGACUGGGAAAAUAUUGUAAAUGAAAAAGGGGACUAUGUUGACAUCAGAGAGGUGAUUGGAAAGGACGAGGCCACUGUCACACAAGGAAAGCGUAGAGUGGCUCACAGACCAAAUUCCAAGCCUAAACUGGAAACUGUGUUGGAUUUGGAAGAGGAGAACGAAGGAAGUGGGGAAGACACCCAACAAAACAGGAGCGCAAAGAGUUUCAUGACACAGGAGGAGCUGUGGGCUCGAUUGAAUGAGCUUGAGCAACUCGAGGAACGGCAAAAUGAGCGGGACAGCUUGUCCGAUAAUACAGACGUUGGCGGGGAGGACACAUCAUCCUCUUCCUCGGAGGAGCAGAUUGAGACGGACUGCCUUCCUCCGGUGAAUGGACUUUGUCUGAAACACCAUGUUAAUGCGCCCUCGAGUGGAGAAGUAAAAGAAGACGAAGAAGAGCACCACAAUCUGCCAACCAUUUAUUUCUCCCACACAGUUGAGCCCAAAAAGGUGAGGAUCAACACAAGUAAAAACACCACUCUGAAGUUUAGCGAACGGAAAGAACUAAAAGACCAAUCAAAGCGGAAAAAGAAAAACGGUCACCAAAACGGACACUCUCAUCACGAAGUUCACAAAAUCCAAACACCUACAGACAUCUACAGGUUGUUUGUGGAUGUGAAGGACGGGGAGCCCAUCCCCAAGAAGUCCAUUUUAAAAUCACGUAGCCGCGAGAAUAGCGUGUGCAGCGACACAAGCGAGAGCAGCGCAGCAGACAUGGAAGAGCGUCGGAUGAUGGGCCGUAGUUUCAGCCACGAUGAGAGCACACCCAGCGACAACAGCGACAGCCUUGCCGAGGACGACAGCUCCAAGAGAAUGCCAUCGCAUCGUGCAGAACAAUUUGAGGCCUUCUCGGGUACAGUGGUGGAAAAAGACUCGAUGCCGUUGGCCGUUCCCUUUCUUACCAUCGGUCCUCCGUCGCUGCCAACCAUCAUGGAGCGGAAACUGGAGGAGGUGGCGCCUGACAUGGAAGCUCCUCAGCAGCCUGUAAAACGGGUGUCCAAGUUCAAAGCUGCCAGGAUGCAUCAGAAAUGAUUUUUUAUUUGCAAUACAAAGCAUCUUUUACACUUCUUUACUUACUUUAAACAGCAUUCAAUCUACCCUUCGAAAUGGACACGGUUUCUGUCAAUAUAAUAGUUAACCAACAUUUUAAAUGGUGAGUCUGCCUUGGUUCUCUUUUUGGUAUGGCUUGUUUUGUAGGACUGUAAGCUUUGCCUCUUUGGCCUACACAUUAUAAAUCAUGUGUCAGUUAUAGCUCACCUUUCUCCUGCUCUUGACCUGCUUAAUGAAUGUCCGUUCACUAGCUUUAUGUUGAGACGUGACAAGAUUCAUGUAAAAGGAAAAUAAAUGAUUUUGCUUUA